GUUUGAUGACGAUUUGACGAUGAUAGUUACUAUUACAUUACCUUUUCCCGAAAAUAAGAUUUGGCUUAAAAAUUUCGUAACCAGGCCAUAAAAAAAUAAUAUCUGUCACAAUAACACGAUGUUACUGUGACAUUGACGUUGUCAGUUGUGCUUGACAGAGAUCAGGUGGGAAAAAGGACCUCACUCACCUUUCUUGUUGUAAAUAAACUUUAAGAUACGAUUUAUGUUACUUAAAACAGAGUCAUUAUUUUAUAAAAUCCUUAAAACGCGAAGAUUCCUACGAAUUACCAAAAUGGCAAAAAGCUCUUUUGAAUAUGUGAAGAAGUUUGAACUAGACGAUACAUUAUUACCAAACACAUGGAUAGUUGUGAGACUUGAUGGCAAAUGUUUUCAUAAAUUUGCGGACGAUCAUAACUUCAAAAAGCCCAACGAUUUAAGAGCAUUAAAGUUAAUGAAUUACGCAGCUUUUUCUGUGAUGCGUGAUUUUAGUGAUUUGUUAAUGGGAUUCGGUCAAAGUGACGAAUACUCUUUCGUUUUUAAAAAACACUGUAAUUUGUACAAAAGACGUGCUGCAAAACUUUUGACUACAAUUACUAGCAAAUUUUCAACUUCAUAUAUUUAUUAUUGGAAUAAGUUUCUAGGAGACCAACAAUUAUUAUAUCCCCCUUCAUUUGAUGGCCGGAUCGUAUUGUAUCCCAAUGAAGACACCUUGAUUGACUACAUGAAAUGGCGACAAGCAGAUGUUCAUAUAAAUAAUUUAUAUAAUACUACAUUUUGGACACUAGUUCAAGAAGGCAAACUUAGUCCUACACAAGCAGAGAAAAGGUUGUGUGGCACAGUUUCAGCAGAUAAAAAUGAAAUAUUGUUCAAAGAGUUUAAUAUCAAUUAUAACAAUGAAUUAGAAAUAUUUAAACGGGGAACGCUUUUGCUAAGAAAGAAUAUAAACACAGAUGUUUCAAACAAAUGUUCUACAGUAAUAGUAGAUGUUCAUGAUGACAUGUUGAAGGAUAGUUUUUGGAGAGAUCAUAAAGAUUUAUUCACAAUAAAACCUAAGCAACAUUUUAUUUACAAUGGACCGAUAACAGAAAUUAUUAGUGCACAAGUACAUGACAGAAAACAUGGAAUACCAGAAGCAACAUAAUAUGUUAAAAAUUUAUUAAAUUAUUAUGUUUAUGAUUUAUAUUACUUUACACUGUUUUUAAUUAUAUUUUGCUUAAAAUUGGUUGUCGACUCAAUUUACUAAUACACCCCAUGGUACGUGAUAUUAAUAUGAUUAACAUGAUAUUAAUGAUUUAAGUUUGUGAGCCUUCAAUCUAAUUUCAACCUAUUAACUCAUAAUUUUCAACCUGUGGGUGGGUUUGAGGGAAAUUGUAAAAGAGAAUUUUUGUUACU